AUGGAAUUUUCCUGGAAAGAUUAUAGUUUAAGAUGGAAUCUCGAAGAAUAUGGACACCAGAUAUUCUUUUAUAUAAUAGGUGAAAGUGUUGAUGAAAAUUUUGAUAGUACAACAGAAGUCAAUGCAGUUGUACAAUUUUUAAUCUUUCAUAUUUUCUUGGAUACACAAAUAUGUACAUUAAAAUUUGGUUCACGGACAUAUGAUGAAGCUGAAGUAAAUCUUACUGCAGAAAGUAAUAAAGGUCAAUUGGAUGCUUAUGUAAAAAGUGCUGAAUGGAAUUUAGAAGGUAUAUAUGAUUAUCUUAGAUUUUUCUGCAAUACAUAA